GGUCACAUUUUGCUCAUAUUGUUAUGUAAAUUACAGGUAGCCAAUCACUUGGCAAGUUCAGGCGUCUGUUACAGGCAGCUAUGUGAGCGCGCGAAAUUUGACAGGUCCUUUUCCGCACGAGUGCACCGGCUUUGCUGCUCCAUUCGUGGGUAGUCAUUCAGCAAAAUGCCAUGGAGUUGUGAUUGGAAGAUCAUGGUGUAGUUGUUUCUUUCGUUGUUGUUGGCCUUUAGGGAAGUGCUGUUGAUCCUGUCUCGUCAUUCUUGUAGUGUCGGCAGUCGACUCAGUCAAUUAACCGAUCUGUUAAGAGCAAACACGUCGAGAUUUGAUAAUCUUUAAAUCCCCUUCCAUAACCACUUCAGUGUGUGCAAGUCGAUUCGCAUUCAACGCUGACAACUAGGCCCAGAUGACCGAAGCAGCCAUGGCAGACGCUUCCGCUAUCCAGUCCAUACUCGAUAGUAUUUUAGCUUCGCCCGGGAUGAUCACUUCGAACCUGACCAGCUCGGUGCAGAUCGAAGCGGGGCCUACCGUCAUCUCAGCAACAUCUAUGACAGCUCCAGACGACGACGAGCGGCCCGACCACAGCUACAUGGAUCUGAUCGUCAUGGCUUUGAACAGCAUGCCGGAAAGACAGGGCACCCUGCAUGAUAUCUACCGCUUCAUCUCCGGCAAGUUCCCGUUCUACACCAAGAAUCGCAAACACUGGAAGAACUCGGUCCGGCACAAUCUGGCCCUGCACAAGUGUUUCAAGAGACUGGACACUGACGGUGAGAACUAUUUAAAGCCGCUGCUCGAAGGAAAGAAACCGAAGGUCUGUCCGCUGUGGUCCCUCCUCUGGGACCCUGCCGAGCGUCCAGACCUACACAACUCUCGCAAACGUCACGGUGAUAAAAGUAAAAGCAGCUCAAAGAAGAGGAAGGGUCUGUCCGAGGAAGCCAGUAAAUCAUCAUCGGCAAAGAAGAGUAAACAGACUACUGUUCCAUCGGACAACCCUCUUCCUGCCAGCCAGACACCCACUGAUGACCCCCUCACCAGGAUAGCGAUGAUGUUGCCAGAGAUUGGCUCAAGUGAUGCAGUGUCAUCAUCACCUCCAUCGGCAUCAUCGUCCCUCCACCGAGGACUUGUUCAACCUCCACAGACCCCCGAAUCCGACUACUGCAGCCUUUCCUCCGACUACAGCCCUUACAUCCCGGGACAAUCUCUCUCCGCCGGCAGCACCUGCCACAGUGUCUCCGAGUACCAAGAAAUCUGCAUCCCAUCCCCCCGAGGCCAGGCCGCCCCGGGGGCCCAGUUCCCCCCGCUGCCGCUUCUGAGCGUGGAAGACAUCUGUACCGUUCUGCAAUGCAACGACCUUCUUCCCAGGAGCCCUGACAGCGGUACCGGAGCAGAAAUCCUGGAGGGCUUUGGGUGGUUUGACGAGCCUGCCCCCGGCGACCACCAGCAGCAAUUCACGUACGAGUACCACCCACAGUACCCAGCAGAUUCCUUGUUCGACAACACAAUGCAGAACAUGGACGCUCCAAGCUUCCAGCCCGAGCCUCCGGCCGUUUGCUUCCUCAUACCCAAGGUUCCAGUGCAGCGACCCUUGUCUGUGAACACUGACUUUCCUUGGUGAUUAACAUUUAAUUUUUGUGAAUGAAAUUGCCACAUUUGCCACAACUUCCAGUGUGUACUCCUAGAUGAUAGCAAUUAGUUUUGUUGAAACUGUCACUUGUUUAACGAACCAUACCGCAGAACUUAACUCGGUGUUUUUGUUUUUGAAUUAUUUUUAUGCAUUUACGAACCUUUCCCCUUGCCAAACAGAAAUACCAGCUACAUAUGCGUUCUUCUUUUCAUUGUAUUUAAAUUUAAUGCAUGCUCAUAGCGUUCACACACAUUAUUGUCUAACUCUUGUUAUAAUUUACAGAUGUUGUCCAUCUGUCAUUGGCAUAAUCCUACAUGUUCAUGUCAGCCUUUUGAGAGGUUCCUAUUUCGAUUUUUAUGCGAUUUUUUUUAUCGAUGCGAGUUUCUUUCCCCCGGUACAUUUUCAUGCCAGAAUCUAUGCUUCUUCGUGUUCCACACCAUUAUUGUUAAAUUUAUCGUGCAGACUUAACAAGAUGAUUUAAUGGUUGAUGACCAUUCCAAAA